GCCAUCAUAGUUGACUGUGUAGACACAGUUGAGGCGAAUUCGAACACCCUCGAUGUAGACAACAAAGAGGCGACUGUGUCAUCAGUUAAAACAAAGGCAACCAUUAAAAAUGACAAGAGCGUACCGAAACCUACAGUGAGGGCCCCUACAUUUGCUGUGCCUGGCCUCGCCAGCACCCUUAUCGACAGCAGCAAAGUCCAUGCUGGCGAAGCAUUGACUCUAGCCAGUUUGAGCUCGAGGCGUCUUGCAGCGAAGGUGGCCAAAACUGUACCUCAGGGUUCCCGGCAGGAUCGUGAUCAUAGUCUAGUUGCACAGGGGUCGCAAGAAGCAACUCCAGACAGUUCCGACGACCAAACAGUCACACCACCCAGUCCGAGCCCCAGGCCCACUGCAGAAAAUGUGGCGGAAACUGUAUCUAAGGGCCUUCGGCACCGACAGGAUAGUGAAUACUGUCUCUUUGUACAGGGCUUACAAGAAGCCAUUUCAGACAGCUCAAACGUCCAAGACGAUCCGGACCUGGUUUCCUUUAAUGAUGUUCUGAGAGAUCUGUUUCCGCCAGGUGAAGAAUUCGAAGUUCUGAAGUCCUUUUCGAUAGGGAAAAGGCCGGCAGGUACCGCAGAUAUACCGAAACCCAAGACAUUAAAAAAUAUACUGAAAGAAAAGGAAUAUGUCCAGCUGAUCUUGUCUAAAAAAACUUACCUAUGUCACUUGCAUAAAGAGGUUUUUUUCCAACCGGACUAUUCCCCGGAGGAACGGAUGAAACGCCGAGAACUAGUAGCGGAAUUACAGUCGAGGAUUAAGAAUGGCAAGGCAGGCCUGACAGUCUUCAACGGGAAGAUAAUUCAAAAGAAAACAUCGAAUCAACCAGUAAAAUUCUGA